UUGGGCUUCCUGGGUCAGCGCCGCGGCUGCAUCCGCGCCCGGCCCCGCUGCUGCGCCCGGCCCGGGCGGGGGGAGCCCGGGGGCCGCGCUGGGCUGGAGCCGCCCCUGGGCCGCGCAGCGCCGAGCUCCGCCGGGGGAGCUGCUGAGCCGGGGCCGGCAGGAUUUCUCAUCCCUGGGCUGGACGCGCUCUCCCGGAUGGAGCGAGGGGCAGAGCGGUGGGUCCCGGGUCCCCGGGGUGCUGAGGAGACCCCGAGAGACGCCUGCACAGCAGCCGAGGGGCUGACGAGUGAGGCCGAGGAGAAUCCCGAACAGGACGGUCCGGAGCCAGCAGAACUCUAUGGGACGCUACCGGGAAGUUCCCAGAGUCCUCAGCGGGGAGCGGCCUGCGAGCGUCAGGAGGCGGAGAGACCGGGUGAGUCCGCGCCGUACGGGGCGGAUUUAAGGGGCCCCCACGGGACCGUGGCCCAGCCCAGAGCCUCCCUGGGAGACAGACUCUUCACCUGCCCCGAGUGCGGGAAGGGCUUCGGCCAGAGCGCGCACCUCCUCCGGCACCAGACCGUGCACACGGGGGAGCGGCCCUACAGGUGCCCCGAGUGCGGGAAGGGCUUCAGCCAGAGCUCGGACCUGACCACGCACCGGCGCGUCCACACGGGCGAGGAGCCCUACGCCUGUGCCGAGUGCGGCAAGCGCUUCGCCCAGAGCUCCAACCUGAUCCGGCACCAGCGCACCCACACGGCCGAGACCCCCUACCGCUGCCCCGACUGCGGCAAGCGCUUCCGCCGCACCUCCCACCUGGUCAUGCACCGGCGCGUCCACACCGGGGAGCGGCCCUACCGCUGCCCCGACUGCGGCAAGCGCUUCAGCCACAGCUCCCACCUGCACCGGCACCGGCGGGUCCACACGGGGGAGCGGCCCCACCGGUGCCCCGAGUGCGGGAAGGGCUUCGGCGUCAAGUCCACCCUGGUGACGCACCGGCGGGUCCACACGGCCGAGCGGCCCUUCGCCUGCGCCGAGUGCGGCCGGGCCUUCGCCCAGAGCUCCACCCUCAACCGGCACCGGCGGGUCCACGCGGCCGAGCGGCCCUUCCGCUGCCCCGAGUGCGGCAAGCGCUUCCUCCAGAGCUCCAACCUGGUCACCCACCUCAUUCUGCACACGGGCGAGCGCCCCUUCCACUGCCCCCGCUGCCAGAAAACCUUCAGCCAGAGCUCCAACCUCAGCCGCCACCAGAGGACCCACGCCGGGCCCCGAGCCUGCCCGUGCCCCGAGUGCGGGGAGAGCGUCCCGCGCGGCACCGGCCUCUCCGCCCACCAGAGACCCCACGCGGGGCAGGAGACCCCCUCGCCGCCCUGCUAGGCCCGGCAGGUCCCCCUGGUCCCCGCCCACCAGAGACCCCACGCGGGGCAGGAGACCCCCUCGCCGCCCUGCUAGAGCCAGCCAGAGUGAGGGGUGCUCUCCCCUAUUCCCUCGCACCUCUCCCAAGUAUCCGGCCACCCCAUCCCUGCUAGCAGCUGAUCAGACCCCUCCUCUGGCUCUGCCAAGCCCAGGCAGCCCAGAUCCGUUCCUCCUCAUGGCUGGGCCCGGAACCUGGCACCUCCCUCUGAUUCCCCAGCCAUGGGAAACACAGGGGCUGCAUCCUGCCCGGCUGAAGUCGUGUCCUGGGAGGCGCUGCCCUCUCCCUUUGGUGCUCCCCAGGGAGCUGGGUGCUGGGGUGGCUCGCAUGUAAUGGGCUGUGCCGGGGCUUGGCUGGCAGGACGGAGAGCCAGUCCCACUCGCUCUCAUUUCUCCGUGUCUCCCCAAGGAGCGUGGCACUGUGCACCCUGUCAGUGGUACCCCGGAGCCCUUGUCAGGAGCUCCCUGCCGCCUGGGGGACUUGGCAAGUGCUGUCACCCCCUUCCCGGCUGUAUUUAACAAGCUGUAUUUAUGAUGAGGCAUUCCAUUCUAGCUCAAUGGAUAAAAGGCCGAUGACAUCGUCCUGCGAUGGCCGAGGCCACCCGACCGGGCCAGGAGUCUAGCCAGGUCUCUCCUGCCCAUCCCUUUGCCUCAUUUCUCCUCUUCCCCCUCCCCAGAGAGUUCAGUGCUGGAUGGACCCUGCAAGUGAUCAAUAAACCAUGUAGAAAAGACCAGGAGUCGCUGCGUCGGGAAGCUCCAGGGUUUCUGUCGGCUGAGGGUGAGAGUCACGGACCGAAAGUGAGAGGCUGAGAGGGGUGUGUUUGGGGGGACCAUGAGUCCCUGAUCCCUGCAAUGUGGGGAGGUAGGGGCAGGCAGGGAGUGUGGGAGGACGGAGGUACAGGGCUAGGGCCCGCAGGGUUUGUUUCUCAGACCCGGAUGUCGAGGCUGUGAAUGCUUUGCAUUGGGGAGGGAUGGGAGGCACCUGAUGAGUGUCCGAUGGAAUUGUACUGAUGCCAGAGGGAUGAAACAGGUGCCCCCAGGAUGGGAGGGGGCGUCUCCUGAUUGCUGGGACCCUGAGCAGGGCUGAGGUGUCGUCCCCUCCCCAACUGGACCUGUAGCCAGGCCAAGCCUGUCACUGAUGGGAGGGGAAGAAGAGGGGCCCAGCAGCCCCAGCUGGUCCCUUCCGCCCUGGCAGGGAUGGCAGAGACAGUCUGUCACCCCCACAAGCAGAGCUGGAAACUCCGGGGGGAUCAAAGCCUCUGCCAGGAUUGGAAAAGAUGACACCGUCUGUGUUGCUGGUGGAUGAGGGGUUAAUGCAGCAGUGCCCAGUGGCUGCAGCAUGUGGGGCUAGCAGUGCCUGAUAUGGGGCUAGCAGUGCCGGAUUGCAAAGGCUGGGGAGAGGCCCAGGACCGGCAGAGGGGUCAGCUCUGGUUCGGUGGCAUUCACAGGCAAAAGUCUGGAAAUGGCAGAAGAUAGUGACAUGGCUCAGACCAGUGCGGUGUGGGGCUGUGGCCUGAAACGCCCGGCAAGGCGAGCCGCUGGGGAAGGCUGCGUGAGGAGUGAAGGCGCGUCUGUCUUCCAGGUCACGGGCCUACGGGCAAGGCCUUUAGAUGCAGAGGGUCACAGGCAAAGCACAUGUAUAUGGAGACUGAUGGAGUCCAAGGCCAGACGGGACCACUGUGAUCAUCCGGCUGACCCCCUGGAUAGCACAGGCCAGAGACCGGCCCUACGAUCAAUAAUGGGGCAGAUCUCGGAGAAAACCAGCCAGCUGUGAUUUAAACAUGGUCAGGGGUGGAGAGUCGACCCCAGCCAUCGGUAAAUUGUUCCAAUGGUUAGUUACCCUCACUGGUAAAAAUGUACACCUCGCUCCCGGUCUGACCGUCUCCAGAUAGGAAGCGCACCUUGCCGAAAAAGAAGAAACUGUCCUCUUAGUAUUGAAAUCACAGAGAAACCAGCAACAUUUCCAUUGGAGCGCACAGAAAUGGGACGGAGGCUAGUGCGGAGUGUAAGACGUUACCACGUUAGAUGUCUCUGUAGUCCAAACACACGCCACAAUUCAAGUCAGCGUGCAAGUUUUCUCGUCUAUGUCCCACAUCUAAAACAGAAGUGAGGUUUGGCAGUUAGAGGGUAGCUUUGCUCUCUCACCGAUAGUGUCACGUUACAAGGGAGAGAUCUGAGACUGUCUCUCUCUGGCAAUUCUCACUCACCCUGCGGAGACCAGAUGGCUGCAGGAGGGAGUAAGAAACCGGGCAGAGCAGAACAAGUGAUGUAACGAAGUUGCUAGUUCUCAGUAGCACUUCAAGUUAGGAGCUGAGUUUAAAUAAGACAACGCAGAACUGAACCAUUAAACAAGGAAUUGUUACAGAGCUCUCCCAACAGGCAGGGCAGCUCCCGAUGGCGGAAAAUACCCAGCAAGACAAUUGUGAGCUUGCGGUUAGUUCUUUAAGCAACAGCAAAAUAGCUGCAGUAAUUUGGUCCCUGUUAGAUCAGCCUAUCCCACCAAACAUGCAAAUGUUAUUUCUGUGCAAUUACAGAGCUCUCCCGGUGAGAAACAAACACAGGGAUUUAGCCACCAGCACUUCGUUGCAGGGCGUUCCAUUUAACCCUGUAACUCCAUCCAGAUUCUUAGGAGAAGAUUUCAAUGCUUAAGGCUAUUUCAGGGCUCUAUCCCCCCCACGUUUAGAGUGAUUUUGCUUGGCAUUUCUUUGGAACCAGGAUAUUUUACUGGUAUCUGUGGACGUUGUUAAGUUUAAGAAUUUCAAUGCAAAGAUCCAAGACAUUGCUGGGACACAAAUCUGAACUAGGAGGGAGAUCAGGGUUCUGGAAGAUGUGUGCUUUACAGGGCCAAAGUCUGGCUUCCUUCAAAGCACAGAAAUUCCCUGUGGAACCGUCGCAGUGAGCACGGCCUGUUCAAUCGUCCCAUCCUUUGGUGCAAAGGGGGAUGGUUCUCUCCCCUUCCUUUUGGUGUCCGGAGUCUCCUGGCGUGAUGGUGGGGAUGGGGAUUUAUUAUUGUAUUUUUACGUAGCUAGGUUUGGCUUGUCAGACAAGCACUUUCUUUCCUCGGGUUUUGUGUAUUUGGGACUUCGGACCUCUAAGGUUCCAAAACCCAGGUUCUUGUCCAUAAAGGACUUUUAGUUAAAAGAGACUCCCUCUUGGGAGAGCAAAGUUCCUGACCUUUGCGUGCGUAGGAGGGCUCUUCGCCAGUCGGGAGCGAGAUGCCCGGGCUUUUCAGACCUCAGGGGCUUUAGAUGAAGGCUGCUCUCGGGGGAAGAGAGUCGGGUCUCUUCACGGACAGAUCCAACAAACUGGGAUUUUGCAACAUUUUUGUAUAUAGUUAUUUUCCUAUUCAGUUGUAUUGAGGGGCUAGCUCGGUUCCAAAAACUGAUCAAUUUAUUGUGUCAAUCAUCAGCCAUUGGGCAGGCCCGGAUUUUGGGGUAGAUUCAGUUGCAAAUUGUAAAUUUGUCCAACAGUGUCACUGCAUGUUUCUUACCCGUCCAGCUGGCCUGCUGGAUCCAGAAAUACCCACCUUUCCAGGGCGCCCAGCCUCCCUGGGAAUUCCUUAGUGGCUUCUUCAGCACUGUUGAUUCAAAUGUACACUGGCCGAGUCGUUUAAAUGUCGUUUGGCUCGACUUUCUGUUGUUACUUCCUGGGCCAUUUCAGCAUAGAAAGAAAGCUUCUGCUGUAACGUGGUAAUUAUUUUCUGGGAGUUUUGCUACAUUGCAGAGUUUCAUGGUUUGUUCUUUUUUCUGCUGGUUCUUAACUUUAAUUUGAGGAGAGUUCAUUCCAUCUUUCUCUUAUGAAUAAGAAGUUUUCCCCAAUUUGAUUCUAAUUUUAAACAACUUCUAGGUUUAUUAUCAAAACAAUCUCCUAAUUCCCAGUAACUAAAAUAUUCUGGCUAUCCCAGGCAUUAUCCUAAGUAACUUAAAACAUUAGUAAAAUAAGCAAAAAUUCUAUUUCUAACUCAUAAUAUGGUGUAAUAUCACAUGUAUAAUGAAAAUGCCAAUUCCUGUAUAGACCAUCUCUAGACCAGUAGUGUGUAAGAUACACUUCCACAGUAAUUCUCAUACUAAUACCAAAAACUGUUUCUAAGCUAAUAAAAAAAAACUAAUUACAAACCAAAAUUAUAACAAAUGUAGUUAUAUGUAUUGAGGCAAAUUGUAGGAUUUUGUUACAAAAAAAGAAUUGAGAGUUGUUACCUUGAGAAUUAAAUUCUAAUUUAAAUCUGGGAACCUUGGUGUGAACUUGGACAUUAAUUCACUCCUUGGCGUACAUCUCAAAGCGUUUACAUUACAAGAAGGGCACCGGGGUCAGGUUUAGUGUAGAGAUGAGAGAUCUCCCCAGCACGAAGGGAGUCUGGUGUAAUAGCUGUGACCUCAUCUCUCCUGGACAGUGGUGCCUCGUACGGCCGAGUCUUAGCUACUAGGAGUGUGUUUAACGCGACACAAGACUUACACUAUGGCCUUCGUUUGUAAAUUUCCAUGCAACUUUUCAGAGAACGAUGAACAUAGUUGGUUUAAAACGAAACCUGACGGGAGCCCGUGAUCAAAUUACAUCUUAUGCCCGAUUUGCUCGAUGCUUUAGCCCAGGAUCGUGACUUCUGCGUAGGAGCUGUCCAAGCACAAGGACAAGGGUGGGUGAGUAAAUGACUCUCUUGAAUACUGGAGUGUGGGGUGUCCGUUUGCCAUCUAGUCUCACUACUGUAUGCCGCCUUCAGACGGAAGUGAUUCAAUCCCUGGCUCCAGAGGGGGCUCUGGCUCAGGAAGGAGGAGGGGAAAGGCAGUAACACAGUCUUUACGACAGUGCAGGUUCAGGGAAAGGUGAUUCUGCCCUUUAGCGUGGUCUGGGCCUGGUUUCACGCCAGCUGGUCCAUUAGACCAUUGCUGUAGGGCUGCUAAUUAAAGGAAUAUCAACACUGGGUAUUCAGGGGUCAGAUUUAACCCUCUAGGCCUGACAAGGAGAAAAACCAGCUAUUGGCUGACUCUGGGGCAGGCGAGAGGAGCGGUUGGGGGGGGGGGGGGGGAGGGCUGGAACCCAGACACUGGUGGGCCAGGGGUGCCUGUGGGAAUCAAUGCACAGCCCCAAGGAGGAGGGCUGGGGGAUCCCUUACCGGGGGAUGGUGCUAUGGGAGCAGGGCAGGAGGUGGCCCGUGGGAAAGACUCCGCGGAGAGGCCAGGGGCUGCGGGGGCACAGACAGGGCUCCCUGGCUCAGAGGGGCCUGGGAACCCAGAGCUAGGGGGGAGUUGGGAACCCCAAGAGGGAAGGGUCUAGGCUGGAAGGGCUAAUGGAGUACUCAGCAGCGAAUGCCUUAUUGGGGGAACUGGCACAGGACUGAGAGCAAGGUGCCAGCAGGGCCGCACUGUGCCAGAGGCCCAUCUACCCCGGUAUCCCGUCUCUGCUUGUGGCCAAUGCCAGCUGCUCCAGGUGUAGGAUGCCCCCUUGUGGACAAUUGUGGAAUAACCUGUUUCUGGGGGUCAGUUUUUAAAAAAACCACUCGGGGUUGGAUGCUCUCCUUAGCCAUAGGAGCGUCCAGUCCUGCUAAGCUCUUUAUGUCAGCUGCAUCUUGUGGCAAUGAGUUCCACAGGCCAGUUGUGCACUGCAUUGAAACAACAGCCUUUCCCUGGUGUUUUAUGGCCUGCUCUCAGUGACUCUUGAUAACCUAGUGCAACUAUCCGGUGGUUCUGGGUUUGGGCAGCAAAUACACAGAACCGGAUCCCUGACUGAGCGACCCCGGUAACCCCUUGAGCUUCAUCCGUAAUGCGCCCUGGAGUUCUCUUGUUUGGCCCCCCGCCGACAGAUCCUUCACCCCGGGAUUAACUCCAUGGCUGAAUUGCUUCUGCCUGCCACCAGGAGUCAGUAAUGAGCCCAGGUCCAGGCAAGCCACUGAAAUGACUUUGUAGUGGUGUGUUUCUGGCACACGAACUUAGCACAAAGGCGGGUGGGGAAUAGGAUCAGGUCAUAACCUCAGGAGACUCAGGUUCUAUUCCCAGCCCUGCCACUGGGUGAAUGUGGACAAGGCAUUUGCCAUCUCUGUGCCUCAGUGUCCCCUGCCGCAGUUACUGUCCUGACUGUGUACAUUGCCAGCUCCUUGGGGUAGGGCCUGUCUGUCCAGCGCCUGGCACCGGGGCCCUGGGCCGGGAUUGGCUGGCAGGCACUAUUGUAAUGCACAGGAUGGAGGUUUCUGCAACGUUAUCUACAGACGUUGUCUACAGAACCUGUCUGCUAGUUACAGACGAGAGUCCGAAGCUUGUACCCUGAAAAUAAAGGCUUGUUUCAUCGCCAUG